AUGAACCUGGAAGCCCACGGGCGGCUUCUCCCUGUUGUCUGGGUCACUGCCAGUGGUUUUUCAGGAGAAUGCGUGGAAGGACUUCGGGAGAAUGACUACCUGCUGAUCCAUUCAUGCCGGCAGUGGACCACCAUCACUGCUCAUAGCCUGGAAGAAGGUCACUACGUCAUUGGGCCAAAGAUAGAGAUCCCCGUACAUUAUGCAGGACAAUUCAAGCUGCUGGAACAAGACCGGGAUAUAAAGGAGCCGGUGCAAUAUUUCAACAGCGUGGAGGAAGUGGCCAAAGCAUUUCCUGAACGUGUAUACGUCAUGGAGGAAAUUACAUUCAACGUGAAGGUUGCAUCCGGUGAAUGCAAUGAAGACACGGAGGUUUACAACAUUACCCUGUGUACUGGGGAUGAACUCACCCUGAUGGGGCAGGCAGAAAUCCUUUAUGCAAAGACCUUCAAGGAGAAGUCUCGACUCAAUACAAUUUUCAAAAAGAUUGGGAAGCUCAACUCCAUCAGCAAGCUGGGGAAAGGCAAAAUGCCCUGCCUCAUUUGCAUGAAUCACCGGACCAAUGAAAGUGUCAGCCUACCAUUCCAAUGCAAGGGCAGGUUUAGCACCCGAAGUCCCUUGGAGCUUCAGAUGCAGGAAGGGGAGCACACCAUCCGAAACAUCGUGGAGAAGACUAGGCUCCCUGUGAAUGUGACAGUGCCCAGCCCCCCACCCAGAAACCCUUAUGACCUCCACUUCAUCCGAGAGGGACACCGCUACAAGUUUGUGAACAUCCAGACCAAGACCGUGGUGGUUUGCUGUGUUCUCCGGAACAACAAGGUCCUCCCCAUGCACUUCCCCUUGCACUUGACUGUCCCCAAGUUCAGCCUCCCGGAACACCUGGUGAAGGGAGAGGUGUGGCCGGAAACCCUAGUCCAUCACUGGCUUGGUAUCUGCCAAGAGCAGUUUGACAUUGAUGAGUAUUCACGGGCUGUUCGAGAUGUGAAAACAGACUGGAAUGAAGACUGCAAGAGCCCCAAAAAGGGCCGUUGCUCUGGCCACAGCCAUUUACCCAAUUCCCUCAGCUAUGCCCGAGAUGAGCUCACCCAGUCCUUCCACCGGCUCUCAGUGUGUGUGUACGGCAACAAUCUUCAUGGCAACAGUGAGGUGAACCUCCAUGGCUGCAGGGACCUUGGGGGAGAGUGGGCCCCUUUUCCCCAUGACAUCCUUCCCUAUCAAGACUCUGGUGACAGUGGGAGUGACUACCUUUUCCCGGAAGCUAAUGAAGAGUCAUCUGGCAUCCCGGGGAAGUCAGAAGUUCCCUAUGAAGAGCUGUGGCUGGAGGAAGGCAGGCCUAGCCACCAGCCUCUGACGCGCUCACUCAGUGAGAAGAGCAGGUGUGACCCCUUGGGAGGCUCCACACAAUCCAAAUGUGCAACAACUUCUCUUCCUGCCCCUGCAACCCUGGGAGCCACCAUGAAGUCUUCAGAAAUCACCCUACCUCCACCUCCAGUGCCUCCCAAAUCUGAAGCCGUCAGGGAAGAAUGCCGGCUCCUGAACGCCCCACCUGUUCCACCCCGAAGCUCAAAGCCUUUAUCCACAAGUCCCUCCAUCCCUCCUCGCACAGUCAAGCCCAUUCGGCAACAGACUCGCUCUCCCAGCCCCACCCUGUCCUACUAUUCUUCAGGGCUGCAUAACAUCAGCAUCACAAAAAGUGACACAAGUCCUCCUGACAGUGCUCCCGUUUCCUGCUACCCUUGCAACCGAGUGAAAAGUGACUCUAUGGAUCCCAAGUCCCCAUUUGGAAGCCUGAAACAUCUCCUUUGCCUCUGAAAAUCGAUGGUGCUGAGGAGGACCCCUCAGUGGGGUCGCUGGACCUCUCCGAGGACCAGUAUUUUGUGAGAAAGGGCGUGCAGGACAUCUUCUCUGUCUCUUACCCUUUCUCAUCUCCACUCCACCUCCAGCUGGCCCCCAGAUCCUGUGGGGAUGGUUCCCCAUGGCAGCCACCUGCCGACCUAUCAGGACUCUCUAUAGAGGAAGUGUCCAAGUCUUUACGGUUCAUCGGUUUGUCUGAAGACGUCAUAGCCUUCUUUGUCACUGAAAAGAUCGAUGGGAAUUUGCUUGUUCAGUUAACGGAAGAAAUCCUCUCAGAGGAUUUCAAACUAAGCAAACUGCAGGUGAAAAAAAUAAUGCAGUUUAUUAAUGGCUGGAGGCCUAAGAUCUAGCCAAAAGGCUGUGGCCAGCAUGGGACAGAGCUGAGAAACGUGUGCUAGAAGGUUUGGGCUGGGACACAAAUCCAUGUUUUUGCACUAAAAAAAAAAAAAAAAAAAAAAAAAAAAAAAAAGACGAAAAACAAAAAACCCUUCUCUGUAAAUAGAGAUAGAGAACGUCUUACUAUGCAGAUUCCGUUUCUGAAUGGUGAACAGGCUAUUUUGUACAUCAAUAAAGACGCUGUACAGAACACUUAGAGGUGUGCCUUGUACGUCACUCAACAUUCAACAGCUGCUAAAAGAACUAAAGGCAUGUUCAGAGAACUAAUUUUUACCCCAGUAGGUUUUCAAGAAGGCCUGGUAUUUAUUACAAAACAGCCAAAGCUGAAAGACAUAAACACUUGUGAGCAGUUCCCUUCCUCGGGGAGCCGGCGUCCGGCAGUUAAUUGUGUUCUGCGGCUUGCUUCGCUUCAUGCCAAUUGUUUAACUCUUGUGCCUGACAAUGUUAGUAGUGUGACAUGACACUUUAAUGUUAUAUGCUUGGGGGAGAUCUCUUUAUCAAAAGGCAUUUUCCAAAAAUCAUGUUUCGAUGGAAGAUACCUGACAUCCUCAGAAAUGACACAAAUCGUGACCAUUACAUUGGAUCUGUAACUGCUGCUAGUUUUAUUGAGCAGAGGGGGAAAAAAUCGGUAUGUAUGUGUGUGUACGAAGCACACACGGAUAUGUUUAAAUGUAAUUUUUGAAUCUUAUAUUUUAAAUAACAUGUUUCCUUUCUAAUGUCAGGGUUUAGGGGCCUUUAACUGAGUGGGUUUUCUCAAGAACAGUUGGCAGAAUGAUUCCAGAGUCUCAGAACCUUUGAAGCUCGGCCUCAUAGACUCCACCACUGAAAACUCAGAAAAGCGAUCAGUCAAGAGUCAAGUGAAGAAUUUAAUGUUUCAACCCAACCCAUGUGAAGGCUGAUUCCUGCAUGUCCAUGCUGACACUGGGGGAAAUGACAGCUGCUUUGAUUCCUGCGUACCUAUGCUGACACUGUGUGUCCCAAUGAGAGAUCUGAAAAGCGUUUCUCCACAUGUGAGUUCUUCUCACCAUGCCUCUUGCAUUAGGAAAGCUUGUGACUCAAACAGACCACCUCUCUGUUAUAUACGCCACAUCUCUGCACUGAUACCUAAAAUGUCCAUAAGAGUACGUGCCUAUACCUCUAAAAUAAUAAUAAUUAUUAAUAAUAAUAAUAACUACCAUACUGUUAUUCUGAGAAUUCCAGAACAUGUCUAAGAAUUUUGCUAAAUGUGAUUAAAUACUCCAAAAUAUAGAAUCAUGCCCUAACUCUUGACUCUUUGAAGGCAUAUAACCUCAAAGAGUUUCUGUUUUUUUCUAAGCAACAAGUAUAUCCUCCAAACAGUCCCUUAGUCUGUCCCCAGAUUCUAACUUGGCAGACAUCCUGUUAGCAAGAUGCACAUCUGAGCCUCUCAGGUGAGGUUGUCUGGUCACCAGGAGACAGAGUAUCCUGAAGGAUUGACCAUAUUUUAUCAUGUCUUCCUGUUCACCAAAAAAGAAAUAACUGUUAAAGGCAAGAGCCAACAGCUAGGGCUUGCUGUCCUGUGAAGUAUGUCACUGUUUCUUGCCAUUAGGAAGCUACCUAAUUCUAUCUUGUGAUUUAGAGCUGAGAUGAAUUGAUGCCUAGUCUAGUUUCUCGUCUCUGAUCUCAUUCAAAGAAGAAAAAGCUUUUAUCCCUGCCUAACAUGCGUCCUAGAUGUAAAUACUGCACUGUAAGUCAAAAGAACCCCCUCUAAAAUGGGCAGCUGGAGUCAGUCAUGAAUGCGUAACGUUCCCUACUGCCCUCUCACAGCCAAGACUCAUGGAGUCUGUUUCAGAAACAGUCCUCUCUGAGAGGAAUUAACUCCUUAGAAAGUUAACCUAGCCUGAGAACAUUAACUUCCCUAGAGAAUAAAAACAGACAGCCUGCAGUAGAGACGCUGCAGGUCAUCCAUUCUUCAGCACCAGCGCUUGACCAUGAUUCUCAAACUCAGCUGCAAGCUGCAGGGUUGGCUUGCGUUUACUAUGAAGAUUGCCCCAUAUAAACAACCGCCUUCAUCCAUCUUUUGCAAGAACCUUAACAAAAUAGGAUCGUCCAUCUGCUUUUAGUUCGUUUGCUUUGGUACUGGCAUACUCAUGCCAAGUCUGUAUUGAUCGGGAUCCUGGAACCUCCCUGAGAGCAAGGAUAGGCCUUGGAGUCAUGCUUUCUUCGGACAUUCACUGUGCACUUUCUGUAUGUCAGACCCAAGGCUGAGGAAAGACCUCACCCCUGCCCACUUAAUCACAGUUGCUAACACUGUAUGUGUGCAUGCGAGACUAUGAAAUUUUCCUGGAAGGUGGGUUUGUGGAGAGUAGUGUCCCAUCUUUAAGAGCCCACAGAUGGAAACAAUGACAGCCUCCUCUAAACAUACAGUAAACACCCCAAGAUACUAACGCUUGGAAUGUGUUAACGGGAAAAAAAAAAAAUGCAUCUGUCUUUCACUGUCUCCUGUUUUCUGAUACUGACUUGGAAUUUUUUUAAUGAUAAUCAGUACUGGCAUUUCUGAAAGCCACAAAUAAGUAUAAUUGCCACUUCUGAGCUGAACACCUGUCUGUGGAGGAUGCUGGCUAGACAAGGAAUUCAUAAACCAGCAGAAAGAAAGAACAGAAGGUAGCAACAGCCCUCCCCUGCCACAUCUCACAGCAGAACCUCUUCCAACCAGCCAGGUCAAGACAAUACCUCCUUUUGUGGCAGACUCCCUACAACCCAGUGAGUGGCUGUGGGACUUGUGGAGAAGUACUGUCUACACAGGAUCUAUGGGGGAUCCGUAAACUCAUGCCUAAAAUCUUCCUGCCCCCUCCCCGUCGGGAAAGAGCAUCAGCAAUAAACCAAGCCAAGCAGCUGAAAUGUAAAAUACAAAGUCAAUUCGGAGAGAAAACUCAAGCACUCACCCACCAAUCCUGCCCACAGUCUCCUAACCGCCUGCACGUUCUGUCUUUAAGUUGAACUGCUCAAGUUUAUGAACUGUGAAAUGUCCGUGUAUACUCUCUCUCAGCCCACAUACACCAUCCAAAUUUAUGAAGUUGUACCAAACUGCCCAUUCAGCUAAAUUGCAGUGUUUAUUCUUAUCUUACAGAAAUGCCACAACCUUAUGGGAAAUGUGACAGUCCAUUCCAGCUGAUCAGAUACAUGCAUAAACAACCCCCAGUCACAUUGCCGAGCCACCUGCAUAGCCUCUGUGUCUCUGUGUGCCUCCUCGAGAAGUUCAGGGGGUGGGGGUGGAUUGAUGGAGAGCCCUUCAUUUUCCCAGUGCUUUCUUCGUGCCUGACAUCUAGAAGUGUAUACCCUAAAUAGCAAACUGGGAAACAAAGUACUUCUCCAAAGAACCCAGUCAAUUUGAGUUGCAGUCUACCAAAAACUUAGAUCUGUUGGACACCUGAGGCUUUCAGAAACAUGUCCAUCACAUCAAUUUCCAUUGCUUUUCUGGAAAUCUGAAGCUGCUAAGAAUCAAGUCCAGAGAGCAAAUGGGGGAAACAGGACUUUUAUUAUACUGUGGGUUUGUAAUAUAGGAUUCUUGUGACCGUAUCAUGUCGUCACUUUUUUGAGUUUUCAAGAUUUGUUUUACCAUUUGCCUCAUUGUGAUAAUAAGGAACGAGUAAACAUGUGUUUCAAGCUAGGUGCAAACCUCCUUUGGAGUUGUGCUCCUCUGUCCAACUUGGAAGCCAUGGGUUUGUAACAGAGCUUAGUGGUCAUGAGGUCCCUUGGUUUCCAGUCUCCUGUAGGAUAGGGCUUAGAUAAUCCCCUAGCCAUAAACUUGCCCUCCUGUCUUCAUAUGAUGCUCCAUUUGGAAUAUUGUUUCAUCUGUGACUCAAACAAAAUUGAAACUCAAGAACCUGGCGAGUUUUCCUUCACUUAAAUGGAAAUUGUGUUUCCUAAGACUUUUGCAAGUGUCUGUACAGUUUCUUGGCUGGGGAAACAGUGGGCUGCUAAGUAGACGUCAGCAGUUAGUUGCUUUCCAGAUCAUUAUCUAGUGGGCCCAAUGUGUACCUCAAGAUAAACACCGUAUGUUAUGUCAAAAAAAUCCAUUCUCUGUUGAUUUAAAUGGUUCUGAAAUGUCUAUAAAUAAAGAAAUUUUCAAGGUU